AUGUCGGGUCAAUCUAAAAAAGGCGGAGAAUCCAAUAAGAAAAAAGCGGAAGGUUCUCAUAAAAAUACUACAGAGCAAAACCUCAAAUUAAUGGAAGCAACCUACAAGAAUUCGCCAGAAAGAAGUCGCAGGAAGAUCGUAGAGUUCGAUAAAAAAUCUUUAAUACCGGAUACUUGUAAAAAGAAAACUGUUGAAUUUAAAUCAAGGGUAGAAGAGAAAAGCCUAGAUGAAUCCAUAGACGACGACAAGAAUACAGAAAAAAAUGUAGACAAUGAGGUUGCGAUAAGACCAGGAAGAAAUAAAAAAAGGUCUCAAGAUCAUUACGGCAAGUUGGAAGAGCCAUAUAGAAAAAAAUAUGAAUCGCUAGACUAUGCCGUAACUGAAGAAGUCUUAGAAAUGCCAGAGAAGAUUAAAAAAUCCGAAUUAAACUCUAAACGUGAAAGGGAUUAUGCACUGAAAGCAGAAGAUUCGUCCGAAAAACUCUCAAAAAUACGUAAAAUAAAGUCGGAUGAGUCCUUAUUCAGAUCGGAAGAAAAUAUAGGAAAAUGCUUUAAAAGCAAGUCAGAUGAUUCAAUUGGUAGAUCGGAAUAUUCAUCUAAGAGCAAAUCAGAUUUUUCUAGAUCUGGGGAUUCGGAGGAAAGAUCUGAAGACUUCUCGAGAUCAGAUAUAUCAUCCAAAAGCAAAUCAAAUAGUUCUUUGAAUCCAUCUGGAAUAGAUUCUGAAAGAAACACGAACAUCUCUGGUAAACGCAAAUCAGGAGACACCAGUUCUAGUGAAUCGGAAGGUGAAGAAAACUUUACAACGAAGAAAAAACCUAAAAGUGAUUCAAUGAUUAAUCUCGUAAAAUGGCCAACAAAUGAUUCGUCUGAUAGUGAUAUUGAUAUUGCUACAAUACAUGUAACACCUACAGAUCAAAUAGAAAAUGCGAAAACGACUUCAAAAGCGAAAGAGAGGAGUAAGGCUAGGAAGGAACGAUCAAAAACAUCUCCUGUAAAUAUUGUAGAAGAUUGGAUUAGUAACUCAACAAAGGUGUCUGUAAAAAAAUCAGAUAGUAAUAAUUUAGUAGAUGCAUGGCAAUCUGAAAGUCCUCUAAAGCAACGCAUAGAAACAAGCGAAUUUACCUAUAAACCAGAAAGACAUAAAACAAAACGUGAUUAUGGUGAAAAACCAGAAAAACGUAAACGUAAAAAGAAAGUUGAAGAUGAGGAAGAACCUGACGAACUUGCACUUGCACUUACUAAGCGAGAUGAUUAUUUAAAAAUUAGAGUCAAGAGAAAUAACAUUCCUAUUGCAAAGAAACCGUUCGAAGAAACCAUUGAUGUACAUGAGGAUUUCACAGCUGCCAAGAAAAUUCUAAAAAACACACAGAAUCAUAUAGAAGAUGUUAAACCAGAACAACAAUUAUCAAGUGAUGAAUCAGAAAAAGUCUCCAAGAAGAAAAAACAUCGGAAAAAGAAAAACUCAGAAAAAUAUGUCGAUAUAAUAGAUAAAAAUGAACUGGAUAAAAAGAUGACUGAAGACUUAAACCGCAGUCUUAAAAAAGCAAUUAAAGCAUCCAAAAAGGCGAAAAAGGACUAUUUAGAGAGAGAAAAACCGGUUAUUAGUAUUACUAAAAAACCAUCAAAAAUUCUUGAACAAAUAAUUAUUAAAGAAAUAGGGGCCGUAAAUAAUGCAGAUUCAGUAAGAGCUUCAUCCGCCUAUAAAGAUCACAACCAUCAAGAAUUGGACGCACCUCCGUACUAUAGCACUAUUGAAAGUUGGGUAUAUGCAAUUGCCAAGAAAGCUUUUGUUUUAGGUUGUGCUUAUUUUUGCGGAUACAUGGGAAUGUCAGCCGUAUGGCUAAUAGGCCCGGUAAUUUUCCUUGCUGUGCGAGAUGAAAUUCGUAGAAGAAAUGAAGCGAGACGAUCAGUUGCUAAAGCUUUUGCUACGGGAAAUGAAAAAGAUAUUAUCCUAGCCAAACUUGGAGACUUGCCUGCCUGGAUUAUAUAUCCCGAUAUAGAACGUGCGGAGUGGCUCAAUAGGAUUUUCAAUACGAUUUGGGCAAAUGUCAGCUAUCACAUCAGAGCAUAUAUAAAAGAAAAGAUCGAGCCAGCUGUAGCUGAAACUGUAAAAGGAUUUAAAUUUGAUAGAAUUGUCUUGGGAACUAUACCUCCAAAAAUUGGCGGAGUCAAAGUUUAUGAUCGUAAUACUUCCAGAGAUGAAAUUGUUCUAGACCUGGAUAUUUUUUAUGCAGGCAAUAGCGAUAUAACAUUUUCCCUGAAAGGAGUGAGAGGAGGGUUGAAAGAUUUUCAGAUGCAUGGUAUUGUUCGAGUAGUUUUGAAACCCUUAUUAAAAGAAAUGCCACUUUUUGGUGGUAUACAAAUAUAUUUUUUAAAUAACCCCUAUUUAGAUUUUAAUUUGUUGGGCGUAAUUGACUUGUUGGAUAUGCCAGGUCUCAGAGACAUGCUACGAUACAUGUUUGUCGAACAGAUUGCUGCAGUAAUGGUUCUGCCGAAUAAAAUAGUUAUAUCUUUGAGUGAUGAUGUACCACAUCAAGCUCUUAAAAUGCCUGAACCAGAAAUUGGUCAAACAAAAUUUGGCAGGUCAAGUCAUCUACGUUUGAUAUAUGGGGUUCCAGCUCUAACAGACGGACCAAAAGUUGGUAUUGGAGGUGAACCUCUUGGUCCGCCGGCACCUCCGCCUUAUAGAGAACCCUGCGUUUAUCCAAGAGGUGAAGGAGCAGAAUUACCGUCAUGGCUGGCAUAUAAUAAUCAUGUUCUUUCUUUUAAAGCGCAUUUUCAGCAAACGCUUCAAGAGAUGCCUCCAGGAGGUCAUCAAGUUCGCCAUUGUGUAAUACGAUAUUAUUUGGAAGAUGGGACUAUCAAAGUAAAAGAGCCCCCGGUUCGAAAUAGUGGCCUGGCGCAAGGAGUCUUUAUAUCACGGCAACGUAUACCUAGGCCACGACCGAAGCAAAACGAACAUUAUUCUCUACUGGAUUUUAACGUCGGCCGCGAAGUUGAAUUGUUUGGCCGAGUUUUUAAAAUCACAGAUUGUGAUCGAUUUACAAGAGUUUUCCUAAAUAGGCUCGGUAUAUCGGUUCCGGACCCCCUACCCGCACCUGCCGAUCCAAACACUGAACAUCUUGAAAAGAUCAAAGGACAGCCGCGUAAACCGUCUCGACAUACGGAUACCCUCAAAAAAUUUUUAGAACUAGAUGGACAGGUGUUACGAUUCUGGGGAUACUGGGACGAUCGUUGCAAUGCUUUUGGCACAUUACGAAACUUGGAAGUUCUUUAUUUAGCAGAUGAUACAUUGGAAAUAAAAGAGCAGAUGCCCGAAAAUUCUGGAUACGACACUAAUUCAAUGUUGCUCAAAAGAUGUAAAUGUCCAAAGACGUUUGAAGGACUUCAUCCUCCUGGAUGCUCCCAAACCAAUCCAUUUACUGUUCUUAAUGUAACCAGUGAUGUUAUUGUACCAGAUGUUUUGAGAGCUGGAUAUAGGCCUUUGGAAUAUUAUGAGGAUCGAGAUUUUGUCAUCGGUUCCGUUAUAGAAGUUUUUGGUCGAAAAAUUUGUUUGACCGACUGUGACCCUUUUACAAAGGAGUACUACCGCGUGAAAUAUGGAAUAGAUCAUUUUCAAACUGCUCCCAAACCCGAUGUACCGCCUCUGUGCCACGCAAAGAAACCAAGAAAACUUCCUCCGUGGAACGGCUAUGGAUCAUACGAGGAUUCUGCACAGAAUUGUCUUAAAGUCCUGCUUACGCCGCCUAGAGGAGAUUUUGUGAAAUUUAUAAAAUACGAUAGACGUGGGCACGAUAGUAUGAUACUGCGGUAUGGAGCACGUAUGAUAUCAAAGAAUACUGAAGAUCAAGAUCGAUAUUUUGUGGUCUCGUAUUUCCUGGCAAAUGAUACCAUGGCCGUUUUCGAGUUGGCCAAACGCAAUUCUGGUUUUUGGGGAGGAAAAUUUUUCAAAAGAAAUCCUGCCAUUCUUCCGGGCCAAGAGAAGUUUUUAAGUGAGCCACCGAAAAGAUACGGCAAAGCUGAUGUUUUCAUAGGUGCCAAGCUGGAAAUUUCGGGCUGGCACUUCGAACUCAUAAAUGCUGAUGACUACGCCCUUCGAUACAUGGAAUUACAUCCCAGUGAGUUUCCCGUGAGUGAUGCUACACGAAUAAUAAAUAAAAUACGCGAAAAACUUAGCGGCGAGGGUGUAUACAAAGAAUUCGUAGCAAAAUAUCUUCCAUGUGUACAAAUAUAUAAAGUUGAAAAUAAAUGUAUGCAUAUUAUUUCUCAACAUACUAUGAGAACUGCAAUGAAAGAACUUCUUGGGGAUGAAUUUAUUGAGCACGAGCUGAUAACACUGUCACGUCAUUAUUCUGCCGAAAGAAGAGUGGGAUUAAGAUUCCAACGUGACGAAGUGAGGGCCAUUCUUCAUACAGAACUACGUCGAUAUCUUUGGGACGAUCUGGAAAGGAUGCUGGAACAUAUGCGCCACCUGGACAAGGCCAGAUCUGGUUACCUGCCACGCAAAACCAUGCACUACGCAAUUAAGGCUUGUCGCAUACCCAUCGAUGAAGUACUUAUUGAGAGAAUAAUAGACGUAUUACAGAAGAAUGAAGAAUGUGAAAUAGAUUAUAAUGAUCUCAUUAACUUCUUCAAUGUUAAACUGUGCCCAAUUGCUGCAACUCCUCCAGUAAAUGUUCAGUUCGAUAUGAAUUGGUCUUCCGAACGCGAACCAGAAAUUGGAUACGGUUUAGAGUGGGAAAGAUUUCUGAAAGAUCUUGAUUUAGAGAAAGAGUUAUUGCAACAAACGCAUUAA